AUUAUCAGAGCCUGAUGAUAAACUGAGGAGAUAAGUCAAUCAGGAACACUGAUGUAGAUGGGAUCAUUGUCCUGUUUUAUAAUCCAGUUUCAGAGCUUCAGCUGCUGGGACAGAUGCUCUCACAUUUGAUUUUAUAUUAUGGUAAACAGAUGAGUUCAAGACCAUUUCAGUUAUGAAAGGUAUAGAGAUCAACAAAACAUGCCCAGAUCAUCACCCCUCCACUACUAUGCUUAACAAAUGAUAUCGCUGCUUUGGUCUGAUCUGUCCAAAAGACACGGUUCCAGAAGUCUUGGAAGUUUAUCCAAAUGUAACUUUUCAAAUCAAAGUCUUGCUGCCAUAAAGUUCUUCUAUUCAUGCUUUGUUUAAUAAAUAAUAGCUCAGUGGAAUAUGUGUUAAUUCUUGAGGUUAGCUGGAAGUAACUUUAGAAACUUGCUAACACCAGAUCAGUUUUAUUAUGACCCGAUAUGUAAAACCCUGGAACUAGAAGUGGAUAUAAUUUUUUUUCUCUAGGUUCUAGGUUGAACACAAAGCAAAACUGCUGCAGUUGCUCCUAAAAUUACUUAACCUAUGACUGUAAAUUUGAUUUAUUGGCAAAAUAGUUCAACUGCAGCUUCAAAGAUUACAUCAAACAAGAACUUUUUUUUCCUUCUGGCAGCAUUCCUGAGGAAUUCUGGCCCAAUUCAUUAGUAUUCUUAGGUCGGCUUGUUGUAACCGCCACUUUAAUCUCUUCCAGGACGUCCUCUGAAACAAAGCCCUGGUAAACUUUGUGAUAUUCUUCAGCUCCAGUGAUGUUCCCAGGAUUUUCUUAAAUCCUUCUUUCCCUCUACACACCAGAUCAUCACUAAGCCACUGCCAUGCCUCAUUGCAGGCGUAUGCUUCAUUCCUCCCCUUCCAGACAUACUGCUAAUUCAAAGGCCACAAACACCACUGUUUUGAUUUUUUGCUCCACAAACUUCCGUAGUUGCUAUCACCAAGUCUUGCUGCAGGUCUUUUGCAGUCAUUUGAGAGUUUUUUUGGCCACCUUCAACGUCAGGUAUCUGGCGACAGGGGUUGAAUAACUUUGCGACCACAGUGGUCAUUGAAAAUCGGGAUAGUGUUGAAUAAUUUCCUUGUAGUAUUUGUUUUAGUCGUUUAAACUGUUUGCGGGUGUCGUGUUUAUUGCAGACACUUUAAUUAAAAAUGUUGAAAAUAAACGUUAUUUUCAGUGGGGUUUGAAUAAUCAUAGUUUCAUUACAAUAAAUGAGUACUAUUAUCAAGAACAAUGUCAGUAAAAGACACCAGCAACAUAGUAACCUUAAUAAAACAUCUGCCAUAUUAUACUGAUCACAAUGCUGUCAAACUCAAGUCAUUCCAUCCCCCAAACUCCCACAAGUGUUUAUUUACCUCUUCAUGUUGCAUUUUACUCAGUUCUGCAGACCGCCUUGUUCAGUUAGUAUUGCACCUACAAUUCCUCCAUAUUACUUGCUCAUGAUACGUGUUUGGGAGCAAGUGAUGUCAUUGCUUCGGCUGUGUAAUCCUGGUGAACUGUCUUGAAUUUAAUGACAUCAUGCCAGAAGUAUUUUUUGGGCCCAGCUGUUGCAUAAACAGGGUGGAUGUUUUGAGCUCUGGUUCUCUGGGUUGAGCAGCUUUCUGCAGAGCUCCUCUUGAAGAAUAUUCAAUCACCAGUUUACUGAACAUUCAUGAAGGGAACCUGCUGCACCUUAAUGCUGAUAAAAAGGAGAGGCAGAGCUGAAAAAUGACCCCGGGACAUGAUUUCUCAACCGUGCCCACCAUGCUCCAGAUGUGUGUGAUCGUCUAUUUGCUCUCAGCUGCCGUCUCCCAGUCAACCAAUUCUUCAUCAAACAGAGGUCGUAAUUUAACCAUCCAUUCCUCCCAGCUGGUUUGCAGUCUACCUGGCCCAGCAGGACCGCCGGGACACCCAGGAGCUCCUGGACCCACAGGGUCCGUGGGCCCUAUGGGACCGCCAGGGUUGGAUGGUCCAGAUGGAAAAGAUGGAGAAAAGGGAGAAAAAGGAGAUGGAGGUGAUCCAGGUAGACCUGGGAACCCUGGCAAGCCAGGUGUGAAAGGCCGUGAAGGCUUUAUUGGCAAGGCAGGACCUCGGGGCCUGAAGGGUCUGCGUGGACCACCAGGUGUGCCUGGAGGACAGGGACUAAAAGGAGAGUUGGGUGACAGGGGACUGCAAGGAGCUCCUGGUGGCUGUAACUGUGGCACGGCGGCUCGUUCAGCUUUCUCUGUGGCUAUGACAAAGAGUUACCCAAAAGAGCGAAUGCCAAUCCGUUUCAGCCGGAUCCUGCUGAAUGAAGGGAAUCAUUACAAUGCCAGCAGCGGGAAGUUUGUCUGUGAGAUCCCUGGGGUCUAUUAUUUCACCUAUGAUAUAACAUUGGCCAAUAAGCAUCUGGCUAUAGGACUGGUGCAUAAUGGUCAGUACAAGAUCAAGACAUUUGAUGCCAACACGGGGAACCACGAUGUGGCAUCUGGAUCUACUGUUCUCCGCCUAAAGCAAUCAGAUCAGGUCUGGCUGCAGAUCUUCUACUCAGAGCAGAACGGACUCUUCUUCGACCCCUUCUGGACAGACAGCACCUUCACUGGGUUUCUCAUUUACGCUGAUCAGGAGUUUCUAAACGAGGCGGAUAAAAAGGCAAAUACUCAGGAUGACAGUUGACAUUGUAGUCCUAAAUUUAUCCUGUUUUAUCAGCGGAUUUAUAAAAAUAACUGCAUUUCUUUAAAAUAUGUUGACACCAGGGGGCGUACAGGUAAAGAAAACAAACAAAAAGACUCAAACUAAAAAGGUUUAUAGACUGCAAUAGUAAUGUGUCUAACUCCAGCGAAAUUGCUAGAAAUAUUUACCAGAGUGUCUGGGUGCAUUGAUCACUUGUGUUUUUCUGCCAAUCUAUGUUUUUUUUUUUUUGCCAACCUCCGUAAUUAGUCGUUUUUCCCCCUUUACAGAAAUGUGCAUUUCUGGGGGUUAGUGUAAAUUAUUUCAUUUCAAUAAAAGAGGAAAAACUAUUGAUGCACAAACAAUGAGAAAAUAUAUACCGACAAUUUGCAGCUUAACCCUUGUUUAUGAAUUAAAACCAUCGUACAAAUUUUUAAUAUUUAGGAUUAAGAUCACAAGCAUUUAUGUAGUAGAACUGGGUAAAUAAAGCAAUAAUUUUAGGAAGCAAGAGACACGUGUUGUAUCUUAGACUUCUUCCUUGUUUUGUUUUUGUUUGUUUAUUUUUGUUUUUGUUUUUAUAUAAUUCUUGUGCUACAUCAGUUAUUGACCCUGGACCAAAAAUGUGAAUAUAUUGAAGAGAUUAUGCAAAAUUAGGUUAGUUUAGGUUAGGUUGUCCUUUGCAUCACACACGCAAUCAGAUAUAAUCUAAUCUAGUUUUUCAUAUUUUUUCCCCAAAGAUUUGAUGUUAACUGAAACAAAAACAGCAACAUAUGAUCUAAGCAUCAUUUUAAGAUUUGUUUCAGUAGAGAUUAUGCUGUAGGAGUAGUUUGAUGCCUUAUGUCAUUUAUCAGAAUUUGUAAAGCAAUCUGGGGGAGUCAGAAAUAAAAUGUAGCAUGUCUCAUAA